UGAUAUGAGAGGAGGAACAGGCUGAGGGAGGAGCAACACUGUCAAAGAGCAGGACAGACAACAACUCCCACUGUCAGAUGCAUUCAAUAUCUAAAGCAUACAUAACACAGAUACUGUGUGUAAGAUGCUCUCACUGCUUUACUGUGGAAUGUUUCCUUUGGUUCUCAUCAUACUAAAAGGCGUCAGCUGUGAACAACUGACUCCAGUCAAGGAUGAAGAGUUCAGUUCAGAAGGCAGCUCUGUUACUCUGUCCUACACAUACUCCAAAAAAGCUGCUGCUGGUGAUUAUUUCUUCUGGUAUCGACAACAUCCAGGAAAACCACCACAGUUCCUCAUCUCUCAUCUGGCAUCAGGACAACUAUCAUCAGAUCCAGUCUCUGGACUGAAUGUUACUGUGAGUCGGGAUCAAACCCAAAUGGAUCUGCAGAUCUCCUCUGCUGCAGUGACAGACUCUGCUGUGUACUACUGUGCUGUGAAGCCCACAGUGACAGGAAACAGCACAACUCUGUACAAAAACCUUUGGAGCAAAGACAACAGAAUACUCCACAACAUCUUACAACACUUCACCUCAGUGAACAUGGAAAAACUCGCUGCUCUUUUGUUCUUCUCAGCUCUCGUAGGAAACAGCUUGGAGGAUGAUAUUACUGCCAGCAGAGCUGAAGUGUUUUCAUCAGAGGGUCGUACUGUUACUCUGUCCUGUAAAUAUUCAGUUAAAGCCGAAAACCUCCAGUGGUACCGACAGGAUCCUGAAUCAGGUCCUCAGUAUCUUCUCCUCAUCACUGACACAAAGGAGCCUGAUGUGGUGAAAGCAAAACCUCCACACCCUGGACUGACUGCUGAACUGAACGAGGAGAGGAAUCGAGUGGAUCUGCAGAUCUCCUCUGCUGCAGUGACAGACUCUGCUGUGUACUACUGUGCUGUGAGGCCCACAGUGACAGGAAACAGCACAACUCUGUACAAAAACCUUUGGAGCAAAGACAACAGAAUACUCCACAACAUCCACUAGAGGGAGUCACACACUGUUCAACCUCAAUGGUUUCUUAUGAUCCAUUCUAGUAUUCACAUGUAGGUAUUUCUAUUAUUGCUUGGUUUGGAAACCUAAACUUGUCCAAUGAGAACAGACUUGGAAGUCUUGGUAAAAUGAGCAGGAAGAUCUCAGGGAGGAGUCAGACCAAGCUUUUGCUCAUUUAUAACAGACAGGUCCUUUGGAGGCCUUAUGCUAUAUUGGACUGUCAGGACCAUCCACUUCAGAGGGAGUUUGAGCUGCUGUCCUCAGGCUGUCGUUUCAGGACACCUGUUCUGAGGACUGAAAGGCUCCAUGUCUCUCUCAUCCCAAAUGCUACUGAUGUUUAAAGGACACUAACACUCUGGUUGCAUUCCUUGCACGACCCUGGCACAUCUGCUCACU